AUGACUAUGGAAUCUAUCACUGGAACUGUCCUCAAGAUGUUACUUCUGUUGUCUACUCAAAACUGGAACAGAGUGGAAGCCGGGAAUUCCUAUGACUGUGAUGAGCCCCUGGUGUCUGCCUUGCCUCCGGCAUCCUUCAGCAGUUCUUCUGAGCUCUCCAGCAGUCAUGGUCCUGGAUUCGCAAGGUUGAAUCGAAGAGACGGAGCUGGUGGCUGGUCUCCACUUGUGUCCAACAAAUACCAGUGGCUGCAGAUUGACCUUGGAGAGAGGAUGGAGGUCACAUCGGUGGCCACCCAAGGUGGAUAUGGGAGCUCCAACUGGGUGACCAGCUAUCUCCUGAUGUUCAGUGACAGUGGAAGGAACUGGAAACAAUACCGACAAGAAGACAGCAUCUGGGGUUUUGCUGGCAAUGCGAACGCAGACAGCGUUGUGUACUAUCGACUCCAGCCUUCAAUCAAAGCCAGGUUUCUGCGCUUCAUCCCUCUAGAAUGGAACCCCAAGGGCAGAAUUGGAAUGCGAAUUGAGGUGUUCGGGUGUGCAUACCGGUCAGUGGUGAUCGAUCUGGAUGGAAAAAGCUCUCUUCUCUACAGAUUUGAUCAAAACUCCUUGAGUCCAAUAAGAGAUAUCAUUUCUUUGAAAUUUAAAACCAUGGAGAGUGAUGGGAUCCUUCUGCACAGGGCAGGGCCUGCUGGAGAUCAUAUCACAUUGGAGUUAAGAAGAGGAAAACUCUUCUUACUUAUUAAUUCAGGUGAAGCUAGACUGAUCUCUAGUUCCACAAUGAUCAACCUCACCUUGGGCAGCCUUCUGGACGACCAGCACUGGCAUUCUGUGCUCAUCCAGAGACUGGGCAAACAGGUCAACUUUACAGUGGACGAGCACAGGCGUCACUUCCAUGCCCAGGGAGAAUUCAAUUACCUGGAUCUUGAUUAUGAGAUCAGCUUUGGAGGGAUCUCAGCACCUGCAAAAUCAGUGUCGUUGCCAUACAAACACUUUCAUGGAUGCCUGGAGAACCUCUAUUAUAAUGGAGUGGACAUCAUCGGCUUGGCCAAGCAACACAGCCCUCAGCUCAUCACCACGGGAAACACAUCGUUUUCUUGCUCACAACCACAGUCUAUGCCUCUGACUUUCCUGAGCACGCGGAGUUACUUGGCUCUCCCAGCAUCUUCCAAAGAGGAAGCCGUCUCAGCCAGUUUUCAAUUCCGAACCUGGAAUAAGGUGGGACUUCUGCUCUUCAGCGAACUCCAACUGGUUUCGGGCGGUCUUCUCCUCUUGCUCAGCGACGGGAAACUUAAACUGAAUCUCUACCAGCCAGGAAAGACACCCAGUGACAUCACAGCAGGUGCUGGCUUAGAUGAUGGCCAGUGGCACUCUGUCUCCUUGUCUGCUAAAAGGAAUCACCUGAGUGUGGUCGUGGAUGGACACGUCACCCCUGCUUCUCAUUGGCUGGGGCCUGAGCAGGUUAAUUCCGGAGGCAUCUUUUAUUUUGGAGGUUGCCCAGACAAAAGCUUUGGAUCAAGGUGUAAGAGCCCAGUAGGUGGAUUUCAAGGAUGCAUGAGACUCAUAUCCAUCAACAACAAAAUGGUAGAUCUGAUUGCAGUUCAGCAGGGGUCCCUUGGCAACUUCAGUGACCUUCAGAUAGACUCAUGUGGCAUUUCAGACAGGUGUUUGCCCAACUCCUGUGAGCACGGUGGCGAGUGCUCUCAGUCUUGGAGCACCUUCUACUGUAACUGCACAAACACAGGGUACACAGGAGCCACUUGCCACAGCUCCGUCUAUGAGCAGUCAUGUGAAGCCUAUAAGCACCGUGGAAAUGCUUCUGGCUUUUACUACGUAGACUCGGAUGGAAGUGGGCCUCUGCAACCAUUUCUGCUAUACUGCAAUAUGACCGAAACGGCAUGGACCAUCAUACAGCACAACGGGUCUGACUUAGUGAGAGUCAGGAACGCUCAUUCCGAGAACCCACACACUGGGGCUUUUGAGUACGCGGCCAGCGUGGAACAGCUGCAGGCCUCCAUUAACCGCGCAGAGCACUGCCAGCAGGAGCUCGUUUACUACUGCAAGAAGUCAAGGCUCGUUAAUCAGCAAGAUGGAAGCCCUCGGAGCUGGUGGGUGGGAAGAACCAAUGAAACACAGACCUACUGGGGAGGUUCCCUGCCUGUGCCCCAGAAGUGCACCUGUGGCUUGGAAGGCAACUGCAUCGAUGCUCAGUAUCACUGCAACUGCGAUGCGGACAGGAGCGAAUGGACCAAUGACACUGGAUUCCUCUCCUAUAAAGAACAUCUGCCAGUCACUAAGAUAGUAAUUACGGACACAGGACGUCCCCAUUCAGAAGCUGCCUAUAAACUGGGACCUCUGCUCUGCCGGGGAGACAGGCCAUUUUGGAAUGCAGCUUUCUUUAAUACUGAGGCUUCCUACCUCCACUUCCCCACAUUCCAUGGGGAGCUCAGUGCUGAUGUGUCCUUCUUUUUCAAGACCACAGCCCAAUCUGGGGUGUUUCUAGAGAACCUGGGAAUCACCGACUUCAUACGGAUAGAACUACGGUCACCCACAACAGUAACCUUCUCAUUUGACGUGGGAAAUGGACCUUUCGAGAUCUCGGUGCAGUCACCCACGCACUUCAAUGACAACCAGUGGCAUCACGUGAGAGUCGAAAGGAACAUGAAAGAGGCAUCACUUCAGGUGGAUGAGUUCUUGCCAAAGAUACAGGCUGCUCCCACCGAUGGCCAUGUCCUCCUACAGCUCAACAGUCAGCUCUUCGUGGGUGGGACCGCCACCCGGCAGAGGGGCUUCUUAGGAUGCAUCAGGUCUCUUCAGUUGAAUGGAAUAGCCCUGGAUCUGGAAGAAAGAGCCACAGUGACCCCUGGGGUGCAGCCAGGUUGCAGAGGACACUGUGGUAGCUAUGGAAAGUUAUGUCGCCAUGGAGGAAAGUGCAGAGAAAAGCCCAGUGGUUUCUUCUGUGACUGUUCUUCCUCUGCCUAUGCAGGACCAUUCUGCUCCAAUGAGAUUUCUGCCUACUUUGGAUCUGGAUCUUCGGUGGUUUACAAUUUUCAAGAAAACUAUUCCUUAAGUAAAAACUCCAGCUUCCACGCUGCUUCGUUUCAUGGGGACAUGAAGCUGAGCAGAGAAAUGAUCAAAUUUAGCUUCCGGACAACACGGGCACCAAGCUUGCUACUGUACAUGAGUUCCUUUUAUAAAGAGUACCUCUCAGUUAUCAUCGCCAAAAAUGGAAGUUUGCAGAUAAGGUACAAGCUAAAUAAGUACCAAGAGCCUGAUGUUUUAAGCUUUGACUUUAAGAGCAUGGCAGAUGGGCAGCUUCACCACAUACAGAUUGCCAGAGAAGAAGCCAUGGUCUUUGUGGAGAUUGAUGAGAAUACACGGAGACAAACUUACUUGUCGUCAGGCACAGAAUUCAGUGCAGUCAAAUCUCUGGUACUGGGCAGAAUGCUAGAAUAUAGUGAUGUUGACCAGGAGACAGCACUGGCUGCAGCCCAUGGCUUCACAGGCUGCCUCUCUGCUGUGCAGUUCAACCAUGUCGCACCUCUGAAGGCUGCUCUGCACCCAAGUCACCCAGCCCCUGUCACUGUGACGGGGCAUGUGACAGAGUCCAGCUGUGUGGCCCCUGCUGGCACCGAUGCCACCUCUAGAGAAAGAACACAUUCAUUUGCAGAUCAUUCUGGAACAAUGGAUGACAGAGAACCUCUGACGCAUGCAAUCAAAAGUGAUUCUGCAGUAAUUGGAGGUCUGAUAGCUGUUGUGAUCUUUAUCUUACUUUGCGUCUCUGCCAUAGCUGUUCGCAUUUAUCAACAGAAAAGGUUAUACAAAAGAAAUGAAGCAAAAAGGUCAGAGAACAUAGACAGUGCCGAGGCUGUUUUGAAAAGCGAGCUUCAUAUCCAAAAUGCGGUCGGUGAAAAUCAGAAAGAGUACUUCUUCUGA